AUGACCCCAGACAUACUCGCUACUAACGACGAAGAUAGAAGACCUCUCAUGGUAACCGAAGACACGGAUUUGGAAUUUCCAACAAAUUCUAGCAUGGAAAGUUUAGGUAUCAUCGGACAACCGUUACAAGUUAAUACUUCUUCCGCUAACACCUCAAAUCCGUUUGCCUCAUUUGAUGAUGUUUUUUAUCAUGGAAACAGUAAACCCGUUUCAAGGAAUAAUAGUUAUAAAAUAGUAAAUGAUCAUACUUAUUUUCCAAGUGUGGGAGAAUUAUUAUGGAAAGAAGGUCAAAUGUAUAGCGACGUAAGAUUAUCUUUCGAGGAUCGUGGAACUUUAGCGGCAAGAGCCGGAAUACCUACAGAAUUACGUCUACACUCUCUCGUGUUAUUCCAAUCCCAAUUCUUUAAGGAACAACUAUCGGUAACUUCUGCGGCCGUACCUUCCUCUCCCUCUUCAAACAUAAUUAAGGAAAAACAAAUUAUCGUGCGAUUACCUUCACGUAUCACAGAAGAGGAUAUAAUAAACUUUUAUAGUACUUUAAAAUUAAUGUAUACAAAGAAUUGGGAUGUGGAAUUGGCAAAUAAUUUAACAAAAGGUGUUGGAUGUUUGUCCGUAUGUUGUGAAAUAGGGUUUCAUGAGGGGAUUGAGGCUUGUUGGAAAUGGUUGGUUAAUAAAUGCAAUCGUGAUAAGAAUAAAGAGAUGAUGAGAAGGUUAAUUGAAGCGUAUCCGAAUUUACAUGAACAAUUUUCAGAACCCGACGAGAAGAUCAAUCCAAAUGUAUUUGCUUCAAUUCCUUAUCAAAGCUCGAGUAAAAGUAAAAGAAAUUCCCAUGUUCAUCAUCGUUCUUCUCGUCGUUCAAAUAAAUCUCGUAGAAGAACAAAUUCCAGUGGAAAUGGCAACCUUAGUAACAGACAAUCAGUUCCUCCAAAGAUUAAAUUAUAUCGUGGUGAUGCCUCAAUGUUAAACGAUUCUUCGACCUCUCCGUGUGUGCCCUUUGAAAAAGUUUUACCCACUUUACCAUCUCCACCUCUUUCAACUUCUCCUUCCCUUUCUCCAAUAUUAUCCGAUAAUUCUCCUACAAAACCUUCUAAUCCGACUACUUUCCCUCCCUUACCUCCCACCUCCCCACCUUCAAUUUUCAAUAACUCUCGUGUACUUAACACCUGGAUAACGAAUUUCGAGUCUUAUGCUAUAUCAUCAAAACGAGCAUGUUCUAAAAUGCAAAUAGAAUCAAGGCAAGAUAGCAAAUGUUUCCCAUUCCUUGAACAUUUCGUUUCAAUAUUUGAUUCUAUUAAUCAAUUGGGUAGAGCUAAGCGUAUAAGUUCCCCCGAAGCUCUUGAUUACACAUUGCGCAUGUUAAAUGUAAUCAAAGUCGAGCAUGCUCAUUUUCACACUUUACAUAUGCCAUCACAGAAUAAACAACUGAAACCUUCCAAAUCUUCCAAAUCUCUCAAAUCUCUCAACCGAUCGCCAAUGUCUGCAUCAAAUUCCAACAGUACGCCUCCAAUAGUACUUCAUGAAUCAUUGGAUGAACCGUUAUCACAGAUAUUGAAAAAUAUUCUGGCUCCAAAAGAACAAAAACAUUUAUGCGAUUUUUUAUGGGCCCCUUCAAAUAUUUCAAAUUUAAUGCAUUUAAGAGAAAUAAGAAGUGAUGAUGAGGACAAUAUGGAAGAAGAUGAAUUCGAAAGGUAUGAUCAACUGAUGGGUGAAAUUAGCUUGGUAAAGGCUUCACGCGUAAGUAGAAUUGAGCAUAUGGUUGUUGGUGAAAAAAUGGCCAAAUGUAUGAGAGAAAUUCGUUCAAAUACCUCAAAGAAUUAUCGUUCUUCAUGA